CGCCGGGUUUCGCUAGCAUCUCGCUCCGCACGCAAUCUACCCGCAUAUUCUCAUUAUCUACUGCGGUCAACAUGAUCACACAACAUGGUCCAUAUGACUUCAUGGGACGACGAACGCGGCACGCUGUCCGCUGACGCUGCGUUCGUCUAGGAUGAACGGUUCUGCCUGUCAGUUCAUUCCCGCAAGAUCACUUGGAGCUGCGUUACGAGACUCCCGACCUUGACCGCGAGUCAUGCCGUACUUUGACCUGGAUGUACAUGCAAAGAACCCGGCUCUACGAAUUGUGAUCGUUGGCGGCGGUAUUGCGGGCCUCUCCUGUGCUCUAGCGCUCGCAAGGGCCGGUUUCAACAACGUGCAGAUCUUCGAUCGCGCCCGUUCGCUGGACGACGCCGAAGUUGGUGCCGGAUUGCAGCUUGCACCUAACUUCACACGAUGUCUGGCGCGAUUUGGGUUGCUGGAGGAAGUGAGACGGUAUGCUGUCGCCACGAGCACUAUCUCACUCCGACGAUAUAUCGACAACGAGGUCACAGGAAGCGCACCCAUGAUGCCCGAAAUCGAGCAGAAGUACGGCUCCCCUUUGUGGGUAGCGCACCGAGCCGACCUUCAGCGAACCCUGUUGUCGGCGGUGCGGAAAGCAGGCGUCGACAUAAUCACGAACGCCCAAGUCACGGAAGUCGCAUUCGAAGACCCUCCGAAGAUCCGGAUCGACGGCCGGGAGAAUUGGGUUGAGAGCGACGUGCUCAUCGCUGCUGAUGGCGUUAAGUCCGUUGUGCGAAAGCAGCUGCUCGCGUUGCACGGAACUGAAGAUCGGGCACACGCAACAGGAGAUGCGGCGUAUCGUAUCACUAUCCCACGCGAGAAGCUGCUUCCUCAUCCCGAUCUGUUAGCCAUGCUGGAUUCGAGUACGGCCUAUCGAUGGAUGGGGCCGAGUGGGCAUAUCAUGGCAUAUGCCAUUCGCGCGCAUGAGGUCUUCAACAUGGUCCUCGCACACCCGGACAAAAACGACGCCGUCGAGUCGUGGACGUCCAAGGGUUCAAAGGAGGAGAUGAUGGAAACCUACAAGGACUGGAACUCUGUCGUUAAGAGACUGCUGGACUUUGUGGAGCCGGAUAAGGUAUUGGAGUGGAAGCUCAUGGACCAUCUGCCUCUGCCAACAUGGAUUGAGGGGAAUGUUGCCCUCAUGGGCGAUGCCUGCCAUCCAAUGUUGCCCUACGUUGCUCAAGGCGCCGCACAAGCAGUCGAAGACGCCGCCGUCCUGGCGGCCGUACUGUCGGGUGUCAAGUUUCCGGCUCGCCCCACCAGCCAUGAGAAUGCCAACGCCCGCUUGUCCACAACCCGGCAAAUUCGGAACGCGCUCGCGCUAUAUCAGAGCGUGCGCAAAGAUCGCGCCGAGCGCAUACAGGCUAGUGCGGCGAAGACGAGGGUGGCUCUUCACUUACCGGAUGGGCCCAAACAAGUAGAGCGCGACGAGGCGAUACGGAACGCGGCGCAGGGAGGCCGCAACCCGGAUCAGUGGGCCGAUGCGGAAUGGCAAGCGUACAUGUAUGGCGUUGACACGACGCGCGAAGCGUUGAAUAGGUUAUCGGAGGUGACGGGUUCUGUCAAGACCAUGGACGGGGAGACGGGCCCUGCGGGGCUUGUGUAUUGAUGGCGAACCCAAUUAACCGAGCCCUGUGUGGUGAACAACGUAUGAAUGAGCGGCACGCGUCAACGGACCAAUAGUGAGGUGCUGUGUAGAUUGAGAGGCCAUGGCCAACCGGAGGGACGAUCGAUGGCUCUCAACGGAUAUCGGAUCUCGGUGUAUCGCAUUUUCUGCACAGGAAAUUGACAUUUGUCUGGGAAUGGG